UUUCGAGAUGUUCCCUAACUUUGCCUUCCCGGUUACUGCUGGGAUGCCGGAGGACUAAGAAGAGGAGCUGCUGCAGUAACAACAUCUCAGAUGGAGAGAGAUCGUUUACAUGAAAUGAUAAGACUAGAUAAAAUAAAAACACGAUCUCUGCAUACAACAAACAAAAUGUAAUACAGGAACCUAUGCAGGCCAUCUGUGCAAACCCUAGUAAAAGCCCCUCGAAAAUAGCGUUUGAAAAGCUGGAGUAGUACAGGCGAUGCAGCAGCUCUGAGAACGAAAUGGGAGGGGGACUCAUGUAAUUUACUGUACGUUACACUAGUGAUGAGAAUAGAUUAGAAAAAAACCGCAACAACAAGAAGACGACGACACGAAGAUUAUCGUAUACAGUCAGAUAUCAGUUUCGGUACUUGUGGACGUUAUUCUAAUCUGGUCUGUUUCAUAACUGAUUUAAAAUUUAAGCGCAGGGUUAGCCCUGCUGCAACCGUGUCCGAGUCUCUCACAGGCCGGACGAGUGAAAGGGUAGCAUCAGGAGAUUCAAACAGUUAUUUUUCGAAAUGCAACGGAUUAUUUAUUUUUUCUCUUAAAUACAGUAAAUAAUUGUACAUCUCUCUCACGAAUAUUCGUAAUUGCAGCAAUGUGAAGAGGAUGUGAGCUCUACGUGGAUUUUUAUAAUAUUAAUAUAUAUAUUUUUUCCUUUUUUUAAACUUAACGAGAUUUCUUGGUUUUAACGACGAAGAAUAAUCUAUUUCUCCGGCGGGUUGGAUGAUAACUCGUGCUGUGUGGAUGACACAUGGUUUGUAAUGACAAAAAUAUGUUUUCCUUGACACGAGAUAAUAUAUUUUAGAGACACAUCACAAUAAACCAUACUAUUAAAAAAAUGACCACUCCGGCUCUGUUGCCAAUUUCUGGGAGAAGAAUACCAACCCUAAACCCCGGCUUCUCUUCAUUCCCUCAUCACCGGGCCACCUUGCGACUAUCUGAGAAGUUCAUAUUACUCCUCAUCCUCAGUGCCUUCAUCACCCUGUGCUUUGGAGCGUUUUUUUUCCUCCCAGACUCCUCAAAGCACAAGCGCUUUGAUUUGGGUUUGGAAAACGUCCUAAUACCUCAUAUUGACUCCAUCAAGGAGGGAAAACACCCUGGGGGUCAUAUCAUCCAUGGUCAAGGAGGACACGACGAACACCGACACAGGGAGGACGAGGAGCAUUUGAGGAAUAAGAUCCGCGCAGAUCAUGAGCGGGCGCUGGAGGAGGCGAAGGAGAAGCUGAAGAAGUCCCGUGAGGAGCUACGAGCCGAGAUCCAGACUGAGAAGAACAAGGUGGCCCAGGACCUUAAGAAAAAAGACAGCAAGCUGCUACCGCCAGUUCCCAUGCCCAAGCUGGUGGGCAUUCACGAUGGAGACCCGGGAGAUCCUGACGUCAAGGAGAAACGUGACAAGAUCAGAGAGAUGAUGAAACAUGCAUGGGACAACUACAGACAGUAUGGCUGGGGUCACAAUGAACUGAAACCUCUCGCCAAGAAAGGACAUUCCACCAAUAUCUUCGGAAAUUCCCAAAUGGGAGCAACCAUCGUUGAUGCUUUGGACAGCCUCUACAUAAUGGGCCUGCGUGACGAAUUCAAAGAUGGGCAGGAGUGGAUUGAGAAAAACCUUGACUUCAGUGUGAAUGCUGAAGUGUCUGUCUUUGAAGUCAAUAUCCGGUUCAUUGGUGGUUUGCUUGCAUCGUAUUACCUGUCUGGACAGGAGGUUUUCAAGAUCAAAGCUGCCCAGCUGGCAGAAAAGCUGCUGCCUGCAUUUAACACCCCGACUGGUAUACCCUGGGCGAUGGUAAAUUUAAAAAGUGGUGUUGGGCGCAACUGGGGCUGGGCUUCUGCAGGCAGUAGUAUCCUGUCUGAAUUUGGCACUCUGCACAUGGAGUUUGUUCACAUGAGCUACCUAACGGGAAACCCUGCCUACUACAAUAAAGUCAUGCACAUUCGAAAACAGCUGCAGAAAAUGGACAGGCCCAACGGUCUAUAUCCAAAUUACCUGAACCCAAGAACAGGGCGCUGGGGGCAACAUCACACAUCUGUGGGAGGACUGGGCGACAGCUUCUAUGAGUACUUGUUAAAAGCCUGGCUAAUGUCUGACAAAGCUGAUACUGAAGCAAGGAAGAUGUACGAUGAUGCCAUUGAGGCGAUAGAGAAACACUUGAUCAGAAAGUCCAAUGGGGGGCUGACAUUCAUUGGGGAGUGGAAGAAUGGGCACCUGGAGAAGAAGAUGGGUCACCUUACGUGUUUCGCUGGUGGGAUGUUCGCCCUGGGGGCUGAUGGGUCAAAGGGGGACAAAGCUGGGCACUACCUGCAGCUGGGGGCGGAGAUAGCACACACCUGUCAUGAAUCUUACGACAGGACAGUUCUAAAGCUGGGCCCAGAGGCUUUCAAAUUUGACAGCGGUUUGGAGGCAGUGGCAGUCCGGCAGAAUGAAAAGUAUUACAUUCUCCGCCCGGAGGUAAUCGAGACAUACUGGUACAUGUGGAGGUUUACACACGACCCAAAGUACCGCCAGUGGGGCUGGGAAGCAGCACAGGCCAUUGAAAAGCACUGCAGGGUCAGUGGAGGGUUCUCCGGUGUGAAGGAUGUUUAUUCUUCAUCCCCAACUUUUGACGAUGUGCAGCAAAGCUUCUUCCUGGCAGAAACACUGAAGUAUCUGUAUCUGCUGUUCUCCAGUGAUGACUUUUUACCUCUAGACAGCUGGGUCUUCAACACAGAAGCUCACCCUCUGCCUGUAUUGCAUCUGGCAAACACAACUCUUUCAGGCAACCGUGUGACUCGAUAGGAUCUGAAACUGGCUGCCUCUUGUGCUAUUGGACCACUUCAGGCCUUCAGACUGAUGAAAUCAAAUAAGUAAAAUCCAAUCAAUUAAAAUAGAAAAACUAUGAAAUCCUGUAGAAAGAUUUGUGUCAGCGGACUGGUUGCUGCAGGGGAUUGAGCAUUCUCAUUUCUUUCUUACUCUAAACGUGUUUGCGCUGGAGAUCAAAGCAAGUGAAUUUAAAAGAUUCCAUUUUUUUUUUUUUAACCUGACCAAAAUGUAAGGAUUACAGUAUGUCGCGGACAUUGGGAAAGAAGAUAGACUUAUUCCCUCUUCAAAUGUGUGCAAGGAUACCUCGUUUGUUGCAAUAUGCCAACCAGCAAACACAUUUUCUGAGUGGCCUGGCAUGGAAAUCCGUUGACUAAAACCUUUUGUAGAGACACUUUGGAGGGAGCCAGGGUUUUUUUUUCUGUAGUAAAUGAAAAACAUCAUAACUCAAGGUCCUGAAUUAGUAUAGUAGCAGCUUAAUGUUUGUGUACAUUGCCCUUUUUCACUUGGUAUUUUUUACUGAAAGAAAAGAAGUCCAGCUCUAUUUAAACAACUUAUCAGCAGUCAUGUAGCUUCUUGUUCAGUGCAUAAUUAUGCUCCUGUAUACCUUGUAAUGUAUGCAUUUGUUAUCUUUCUUUAUCCCUGGAAACAAAAUGGAAAAUGAAAAAUCAGAAAAAGAAAAACAAAGCCCCUUUCAGCCUUUAAGUUGGAGUCUUUGUUAGGUGAUUUUGAGGAUGAAACCUGUUUUGGAUGCAAAUGGUAAAUGAAUGUACGACUGUUUUGCACUCCCUCCUUUAAGUGAUAAGUAUGUAGAGUUCUAAUUUUCAGCACCUUCAUGUGCAUAUUGUGGCACCAAAUGAUGCCCAUGUUUGUGAUGUAACCUGUACCUCAGUGCAUCUUGAACAAACAUAAUAGAUAACCGUCUCCCUUUAGUAUGAAGAAUUUUAACAGAACAAUAAUGUCAUUUAUUAAAAAUAUGGCUCAACGUAGCUCUGUUCUUAAUGUGAAAAUUGCACUGUUUAAAUUGGAAUUUUAUUAUAGGUGUGCCCAAGCAUGGCAAACUGGGUUGCACAACCGGUACGUUUUUAUUAGAGGGGGUGAUCUUUUAUUUGUCCGUUGUAAUUUUAAACGUGUAUGUGAUGAAAAAAUAAAGACCCGUAUAAGA